CUCCUUAGCAACGUGCAGCAAGUCCCUAGCAACGUGUCCCAACUCCUUAGCAACGUGUCCCCGUUCCCUAGCAACGUCUGCCAGUCGUCAGUAAGGCCGCAUUUGAGAAGCUGAGAGUGCUGCAGAAACGAGCUGACCUCCCGAGCUUUCGCCAUGUUAAGUACUUCUGUUUAUCCGCUUGCUAAUCCCAAGGGGGUCACACUGGAGUGCGAGAUGUGCCAAAAAACCGCCCAUAUUAUGUGCUCCCGGUGCAGGGUGACUUAUUACUGUGAUAUUGCGCACCAAGAGGCAGAUUGGCAUGGAAUCCAUGAGAAGAUUUGCCAGCUUCUGAUUCCGGUACGAACACCACUGCCUUUCCUCAGCUCAACAAUAGAACGAGAGCACAGUAAGGCACAACUUGUGCAGAGACAGAAACAUCUCAUUGAUCUGACACGAACUGUGGCUCAGAAGCUUCUGUUUGAGGGUAAACAUGAAAGGGCGAUACCUGGAGCACUGCAGUCCUUGCGUUUUGCAACCACAGUUUAUGGCAGCCUCUCGGCUGAGCUAGUUCCAUCUCAGUUACUCCUGGCAGAAGCUGGUAUUGGCCUUGGUCGACUAGAUGAAGCUGAAGAGUACCUCUCUCAGGCUCAGUGGACGGUGAUGAAGACCAAGGAAUGUAUUAACGCCAUUCAGUACAAGUUGUUCCGAAACCUGGGCCUUUUCUACACCGCCAAGUGUGACUACGACAAAGCGCUGUGGUGCUUUGCUGACGAUAUUUACCACGCCACACGAGUGUUUGGCGUGUCUGACAUUCACACCGCCGGUGGGUAUUACCAUAUGGCCAACGUGUUUUACCAACAGGAGAAGAUGGACAUAGCAGACUCGCUGUACUCAGAGGUGACCAAUAUCUGGAAAACGUUUCUGGGUGAACUGGUGGAGACGGAGAUACAAAAAUCUCUGUGGAAAGCAGGAAUCAGUUCACCAGCACCUGGCACCAGUCUCAUAGAUUUUACAGAUGUUUUUGAUGAAGCCCAGGAAGCAGAAGCAGUCAAGGUGUUGCAUGCAAUCUUUAACCUGCGUAACCAAGAGCUCCUUGUGAAAAAAGGCAAAAUUGGAAGCAUUGCCCACACCCUGGCCAUGCUUUACUACCUGUUCAUGAACUUCAAUAAGGCUACUGAAUAUGGAGAACUGGCUUUACAAAAUACCGAGUUGAUCGUACAGGAUAAAAAUGAGAUCUCGACAAUCCAACGGCUCCUUGAAAUGGCUAAAAAAGCACUUUCAUAUCCCGGAGGGAAGGGACCAUCCCCCUACGACUGGGCUAACACAUGCUGAAAGUUGUCAUGUCAGUGUGCCGGGAUGUUCAGUUUUAAUACCAAAGUGGAGAAUCGGUUACACCAUCAAAUAUUUACGUGGAAGUGGCUUGAGGCAAUGCAAUAUUUUAACAAUAUAUGUAUUAAAAUAAACCCGGAAACUGUGAGUUUCUUUAACAAAAGAAUUAUAGCAAGUCAGGCGAUGCAAGUUUCAUCCGUGGCGGUCAAAAGCCAGUAUCAUAUAAUAAAUAUUGGCAACAUACCACACAGACGUGUAUUUGUAAAGCGCCAAUAUGUUUGUUUCACAGCCAUCUAAUAGGCACUUUUCAAGUCAGUAAUUUAUACAAAACUGAUUUAUGUAAAGCAAAAAAUCACAGAUGGGGAAAUACAGGAAUUAACUACUUGAUUUAGUCGAAGUGAAAAUAGCAUUGAUAACACAUCUCUAUGAGAUUGCGUUCCACCCCGAAUAUCAACCAAAAACGACAAAACUGUAAUAACAAGGAGUUUUUGUACUAUUGCCAAUGUUGGAUUAACUCAGCAGGUCGGGCAGCAUUUCCGGAGAAAAUGGAUAGGCGGCAUCUCUGGUCGGGAAAAACAACAUGGAUAGGUGAUGUUUCAGACAUUCAGUCUCGACCCGAAACGUCACCUAUCCAUGUUCUCCAGAGAUCCUGCCUGACCCGCUGAGUUACCCCAGUACUUUCUGUCCUUUUUGUGUAUUAACUGUCAUCUGCAGCUUCUUGUUUCUACUGUUUAUGCACUUAAAAAGCAUUGAUAAGGUGGGGACAGUGAGCCAAAAUAAAACCUGGAGCUGGAACUGACUGCCGGGAAGAACGUUAGAAACAGAUAUAAUCUUAUUUAAACAAAGCCCAGACAAGCAAACUGAAAAUCCAUAAUGUACAAGGUAACUGAUUAAGAUCUGGAACUGGGCAGAACGGCCUGUAACUCGGAAGAUUUCUAUCAAAUGAUUCCUAGACCAACCACAUACACCCUUAGUGUUGUCAUGGCCGGUUCGCCGUCCACCCCAUUUUACCAAUGGUUCUUGACAGAGUAGAGUAAGCAUCUGUGGGGUCUCUGCAUUAAUCCACAUGAUGCGGCAAUCAACAGCACUUUAGUGAUUGUUUUUAAAGAGCAACAUAACCAACUUUAAGAUUUAAGAAAAUAAGUUAGCAGAGUUUCGUGGAGAGUUGAUUCUUUUCAUCCUACCCAGCUUUAUAGGGAUUUGCAACUCAAUAGCAUUGCGGGUGGUAGAUGCAGAUACUUUCAGUUUGACUAGCCCAUAGUUUCCCCAUCCAAUGUGGUACAGAUUGACCAAAAUUUGCCUGUGUAAUCCAGUAAAUCAUAGAUAAAAUUUAAAUAUGGAAAACAAAGCACACUGGCUCUGAGCAUAUUUGUGCCAUACGGAUCCAAUGAAAAUUCAAAACCAACUUCUCAGUUC